UCGUGCUCUCGCUGCUCAUCACCUACUCGCCCAACUACCCCGACGAGGCGCCCGAGAUGGCCGUCGAGCUGCUGGAGGGCGAGUUCGACGAUGACGGGCUGAGAGAGAUGGAGCGGGAGCUGCAGGGCGUGGUGAGUGCAUGGCGAAGAUCACAGGCGGUCAGAGGACGCAGCGUGCGCCCGCAGGCGAGAGCAUCGAGCACGCAUGCGCUGUCUCUGAAACAGGGAGGGCGCCCUACGAAGACGCGAGCCUCGUGAGGGAAGCGAAGCGGCGCUUCAGGCAUGAGCGCGGCUUCGGAGCAGUGCAGUCUGCGGAUGGAGACAACUGUCUGGCCGCGCAGCACGUUCGACCGCCCUCCACCAGCCAGCCUCUGAUCUCUUUCCAUCAGGCGGAAGAGUCGCUCGGCAUGGCGAUGGUCUUCACCCUCGCUUCACAUCUGCGGGACGCCCUCACGAACUAUCUGCAGCGCGAGAAGGAGGCAAAGGCAGCGGAGGAGGCAAGGCGGAGAGACGCAGAGAUCGAGGCCGAGGCAGAAAAGUUCCGCGGCACAGCCGUGACACCCGAGCGUUUCGCCGCCUGGCGGGUUGCGUUCGAAAAGGAGAUGGCUGCUGCGGCCGCCAAGGCCGAGGAGGAGCGGAUCCGCCGGGAAUACAAGACGGCAAAGGAGCGGGAAGAGUACCGCAAGCUGCAACAGCGGCCGACCGGCAAGGAGCUGUUCCAGAAGGGCGGCCUGCACUCCGACAAGAGCCUCGACCACGACGACGAGGCGGGUGCCGAGGGCGAAGAGCUGGACCUCUCGCAGUUCGGCUCGCGCGAGGAGCGGGAGAAGCUGCGGCGGGAAGAGGUCGAGAAGGAGGAGCGGGAGCGGGAGCAGAAGCUGCGGGAGGGCCUCGAGAGCGACGAGGAAUAGACGCCGUCAUGCACAGCUGGGGCG